AAGUCAGUCUCACGCUUUGAGUGACAAUAUUAGACCCAGCACGAAACUCGCUUCCCUCUUCUUCAUCAGUCCGUCACUAUACACCACAAAGAGGAAUUAAGAAAAAACUAAGUAGAAUUUGCACAAAAGAGUUUGAUUUUUAAACACCACCUUCGGGCAGCUUAGGUUUGAGAAUGAAUAAAGGAGGGGUUGGUGGUGGAAGUGGUGGAGGGGGCGGACCUACUGCCGCGGCGGCGGCGGCCGCAGCUCAAAAGCAGAAAAGCUUGCUUCAGAGAGUGGAUGCUGAUAUUGGCAAUAUUGUUGACAAUUUUAGCUUCCUUGUUAACGUUGCACGGGUCAAUGAUCCACCUGUCAGAAACUCGCAAGAAGCAUUUAUGAUGGAGAUGCGUGCAUCUCGAAUGGUCCAAGCAGCUGACACACUGCUUAAGUUGGUGUCAGAGUUGAAGCAAACAGCUAUAUUUUCAGGAUUUGCAUCUCUAAAUGAUCAUGUGGAGCAGAGAACAGAAGAAUUUACUGAACAGGUUGAGAAAACAGAAUGCAUGUUAUCUAGAAUUGGAGAGGAAGCAGCUGCUAGCCUUAAGGAGCUUGAAUCACAUUAUUAUUCUUCUGCAGAAAGAACCAGUAGUCUGCCUUCUUACAGCCAAGAAACAAUGCCCUGAAAAUGGCUCUACCACCAUUUAUACUUUCCCUUCGAUCUGUCCUUUCUCUAUUUCCGCUCCCGCUCUAUCGGCUGGGGAUAAUGUGGCAAGAACUUCAGCUGUUGGCCCCCGUCCUCUUGCUAAGUAUAUUUGUCUUCCUUGAAGGUGUACGUACCAUGAGGUUAUUGGACAAACGAUCUCUAAUGAUGAGAAAUUCAGUUUGUUUCCAACUUACUAUUACUCCAAAACCUUUCAGUUGUAUUUGUUAUUAUCCGUCGACUGCAUUCUAUUCUAAGGAAAAUUAGGGGUACCAAUUAUAGUGGAGGGAGCAUAGUUCAAACUUUUA